AUGGAAUACACUCAGUCGAAAUCAAACUUCCGAAAUAUCUUGUUCACUUUCCUUGUCAUUUCCCUGAUAUUACAAGAAUGCGCCAUUGAUGCCCACCCUUUCAUUGCGAAAGUCCAACAGAGUCCAAUUGGAGUUGGAACAAGUGCUGCCUUUCGAAAAUAUGGCAGUCGCCGGUCCUUUCGUUCCUCUUCCAUUCGCACCUCCGAUGGCGAAACGCCACGUGCACAAUCCGCCGACCUAGCGUCACGAAACGAAGUCAAACCUUUUGAUCUUAAAACAGCUCAUAGAAUAGAUACCAGAUCUGAUCAAGGGGACAGUGAACCGAGCGAGCUGGAGGCACUUCUGUCUUCGAACAACGUCAUUCCAGCGGCAAGUAAGAAGGGAAUGGCAACUCGUCCACUUUUAUUUUGGGAGAAUAUGGUCUGUGGCGCUAUCUCUAGAAGCAUUGCUCAAACGACCAUGCAUCCUGCAAACACCAUGAAAACAAUAAUGCAAUCAUCACGGGGAGCCGACAAGGUUACGUUCACACAGCUGUUCAAACCCUCAAUGUUCAAAACCCUUUCCCGCGGAGCUGGUGCCACUUUGGCACUAUCCAUCCCACAUGGGGCUGUCAACUUCGCCGUAUUGGAGUUGGUAAGAGCUCAAAUGGGAAAGUUUGUCGAAAGCGUUCCGGCACUCAAAUCUCGAGCAGAAAAAAUAGGGCCUGGUUUGGAUUUCGUGUCAUCGGCUGUAUCCACCAUUUGCUGCUCGGUUGUUUCCACACCGCAAAUGAUGAUCACUGACAAUAUUAUGGCCGGAAACUAUCCUGCCCUGGGGUCAGCCUGCGUGGGACUCUAUCAAAAACGAGGAAUCAUGGGAUUCUAUUCUGGGUGGUGGCCUGGUCUAGCCGGAAAAAUCCCAAGCUAUGCGUUGACAUGGACAUUCUUUCAGCAAAUCAAAAAUUUCCGAGACGCAAUUUCCGACCGUAAAGCCACAAACUACGAAAAUUCAAUGAUGGGAUGCUUGGCAAGUGCAGCUACUGUUUGCAUCAUGAUGCCAAUGGAUACCAUCAAGACUCGACUCGUGACGCAAUCGAAUGCGGCGGUGAUGAGUGCUGUACCAUACAAGGGCAUCAUUGAUUGUGCAGUCCGGAUUGCGAACGAAGAAGGAAUCAAAACAUUCUACCGUGGGCUUUCGCCCAGAUUAUUGGGUGUAGUUCCAAUGAUUGGAAUUCAAUUUGGUGUGUAUGAGGCCAUGAAAAAUCUCAUGCUCCAAAAAAAUGCAGAACCAGGUGUUCCUCUGACCGCAACAACGAUGUGA